GCAUUUCGUCGAACAUCUCCGAACACCCCCUCUUCCUCCUACCGGGUGCUUCGCCGAAGCCCGAGAUCCAUCGUUCAUGGCGCGACGGUGGUGGUGGCCGAAUGCGCGGCCAUCAAUGCGGGCAGUGGCCGCGAGAUUAGCUCGCGUCGGUCGGCCGGGUCUAGCUCCAUCAGGGGCGGGCGGGCGGUGAGAGGCGGAAGGAGUGGGUCUCGGAGGCGGCGCAACGAUGGAACCCUGUAGCCGCUCCGGGACGCCACUCUUCCUCCUCUAACCAUCGCCGUCGCCUCCUUCCUGCAAGCUUCGAGGCCGCACCGGCGGUUGUGGGGCUUGUGUUGUCCUUAUAGCGAAGUAUAACCCCACGACAGAUGAAGUGACUGAAUUCACCGCAAGUUCAUGUCUGACACUUCUUUACAGUAUAAAUUUCUGUUCAGUUCUUACUACUGAGGGUCUGGGGAAUACCCAAGAUGGCUUUCAUGCUGUUCAGAAGAGGAUGUCCGGGUUUCAUGCCUCUCAGUGUGGCUUCUGCACUCCUGGAAUGUGCAUGUCUAUUUUCACCUCCCUUAUCAAUGCUGACAAAUCCAAGAGGCCUGAACCACCAAAAGGGUUCUCAAAGCUAAAAGUAUCAGAAGCAGAAAAGGCUUUCUCAGGCAACCUGUGUAGAUGCACUGGUUACCGUCCAAUUGUUGAUGCCUGCAAAAGUUUUGCAUCAGAUGUUGACUUGGAGGAUUUGGGUCUUAAUAUAUUCUGGAAGAGAAGCGAUAAGAAUCCAGAUGCUAGUGAAUUGCCAAGUUACACUCUUGGUGGCGGAGUCUGCACUUUCCCAGAUUUCCUAAAAUCUGAGAUAAAAUCUUCCCUUGAUCAUUUGAAUGUUGCUUGUAUUCCCGCAUCCAGGGAGGGCUGGUAUCAUCCGAGAAGUAUCAAAGAGUACUAUGAGCUAAUAGAUUCUUGUCUAUGUAGUGACUCUGUCAAAAUGGUUGUUGGGAAUACUAGUACCGGUGUACCAGGAUACAAGGAUCAAGACCUCUACAAUAAGUAUAUUGAUAUAGGUGGCAUUCCAGAACUUUCAAAUAUUGUGAAAAGAGAGUCGGGCUUUGAAAUUGGAGCAGCUACAACAAUUUCUAGGACCAUUGAGAUACUGAUGCAAGAAUGUGAAUCUAUAUCCUCUCCAAAUGGCAGUGUGGUUUUCAGAAAACUUGCUGACCACAUGAGUAAAGUUGCCACACCAUUUGUCCGUAACACAGCUAGUAUUGGAGGAAACAUAAUCUUGGCACAAAAAUACCCAUUUCCUUCAGACAUUGCAACCAUACUUCUCGGUGCUGGCACAACUGUUUGUCUUCAGGAUGUUGCAGGACAAAGGCAAAUUACUUUGGAAGAGUUCCUAGAGCAGCCUCCUUUGGAUUCUACUACUUUACUACUGAGCAUAUUUAUUCCUCAUUGGGUUUCAGAUUAUCAGGCAGAAACAAGUUUGUUAUUUGAAACUUACCGAGCAGCACCUCGUCCUCUUGGCAAUGCUGUUUCAUAUGUAAAUUGUGCUUUCUUAGGGCUUUCUUCUGUGGAUGAACGAUCAGACACUCUUGUAUUUAGUAAUCUGCGCUUGGCUUUUGGUGCAUAUGGAACAGAACAUGCUAUUAGAGCAAAGAAGGUGGAGAAAUUCCUAACUGGUAAAUCACUCACUGCAUCGGUUGUGCUUAGAGCAGUUCAGUUACUCAGAGAAACAAUUGUACCAAUGGAGGGAACAUCACAUCCUGAAUAUAGAGUCAGUGCAGCUGUUGGAUUUCUCUUCAGUUUCCUAUCUCCGCUUGCCAAAGGUAUCCCAGAGCCUGGAAAAGCCUUGACCAGUGGUUCAUCCGAUUCAGCAGAUACAGAUGAUGUACGCAACCUGCCAUUGUCAUCACGUCGAGAAAAAAUUUCCAACAACGAUUCUAAACCAGUUGGUGAGCCGAUUAAGAAGUAUGCUGUUGAACUUCAAGCUUCUGGCGAGGCAGUUUAUGUGGAUGACAUUCCCGCUCCAAAGAAUUGCCUCUAUGGGGAAUUUAUUUACAGCACACAACCUCUUGCUUAUGUCAAGAGUAUUAAAUUCAAAUCGUCUUUAGCAUCAGAGAAGAUAAUUGAUGUUGUUUCUGCGAAGGAUAUUCCAAGUGGAGGAGAAAAUAUUGGAUCAAGCUUCAUAUGGGGGGAUGAGCCAUUGUUUGGCGAUCCAAUUGCUGAGUAUGCUGGACAAGCUCUUGGCGUUGUGAUUGCAGAAACACAGAGGUACGCUGACAUGGCAGCCAAGCAGGUUAUUAUUGAAUAUGACACAAAAGGUUUGAGUCCACCGAUCUUAACUGUGGAACAAGCAGUGGAAAACAGUAGCUAUUUCAGUGUUCCCCCAGAAUAUUAUCCUAAAGAAGUUGGUGAUGUGAUGAGGGGCAUGGCAGAAGCUGAUCACAAGAUCCCAUCAACAGAAGUAAAAUUUGCCUCUGAGUACUACUUCUACAUGGAAACACAGACAGCACUAGCAAUUCCGGAUGAGGAUAACACCUUGGUAGUCUACAGUUCGUCACAGUGCCCUGAGCUUGCGCAAACUGUCAUAGCAAGGUGCCUGGGCAUUCCAUUCAGUAAUGUGCGUGUCAUUACAAGAAGAGUUGGAGGAGGCUUUGGAGGAAAGGCAUUCAGAUCAUUCCAAGUUGCAACGGCAGCGGCACUUUGUGCAUACAAGCUACGACGUCCUGUACGGAUGUACCUUAAUCGCAACACCGAUAUGGUUAUGAUUGGUGGUCGGCACCCUGUGAAAGCUCGCUAUUCUGUUGGAUUUAAAUCUGAUGGGAAAAUUACGGCAUUGCAUCUAGAUUUAUUAAUUAAUGCUGGGAUAUCUGAAGAUGCAAGCCCCAGUAUACCACGCGUUAUUAUAUCUAGUGUCAAGAAAUACAACUGGGGUGCUCUGUCAUUUGACUUCAAGCUAUGCAAGACAAAUAAUUCAUCUAAAUCUAUAAUGCGUGCUCCAGGAGAUACACAAGGUUCUCUGAUUGCUGAUGCUAUAAUUGAACAUGUCGCGUCUGUGCUUUCACUUGAUGCUAACAGUGUGAGGGAAAAGAAUUUUCACACCUAUGAUACUCUUCAGUUGUUCUACCCAGACAGUGCAGGCGAAGCUUCUACAUACACAUUACAUUCUAUUUUUGAUAGGUUGGUCUCCACUUCAAGCUACCUCGAUCGAGCUGAAUCCAUAAAGAUGUUUAACAGUAGCAACAAGUGGCGGAAACGGGGCAUCUCUUGUGUGCCCCUCAUUUUUAGAGCUGAACCAAGGGCAGCUCCAGGACGGGUUUCUGUGCUCAAUGAUGGCUCCAUAGUGGUGGAGAUUGGAGGAAUUGAAAUUGGCCAAGGACUGUGGACAAAAGUACAGCAGACGACGGCUUUCGCUCUGGGAAAAUUAUGGCCAGAUGGGGUUGAAGGUUUUCUUGAGAGAGUGCGUGUCCUACAGGCUGACACCUUGAACUUAAUACAAGGCGGACUUACUGCUGGUAGCACUUCAUCUGAAUCUAGCUGUGCAGCAACCCUUCAGGUGUGCAAUAUGCUGGUUGACAGGUUGAAGCCAGUCCUGGAUAGGCUGCAGCAGCAAUCCGAAGAUGUCUCAUGGGAUACUUUGAUUUCUCAGGCCUCGAAAGAAAAUGUUAAUUUAUCUGCGAGUGCAUACUGGGUACCUGGCCAAGAUUCUAAUAAGUACCUGAACUAUGGAGCUGGUAUAAGUGAGGUGGAGAUUGAUCUUCUUACAGGAGCAAUUACUUUACUAAGGGGCGAUCUUGUGUAUGACUGUGGGAAGAGCUUGAACCCUGCAGUGGACUUAGGCCAGAUUGAAGGUUCCUUUAUACAGGGAAUCGGCUUCUUCAUAUAUGAAGAAUAUGUUACGAACAGUGACGGCUUGAUGAUUAGCAACAGCACAUGGGACUACAAGAUCCCAAGCGUCGACAUAAUCCCAAAGCAGUUUAAUGCCGAGGUUCUGAACACUGGAUAUCAUAAGAACCGUGUGCUUUCUUCAAAAGCUUCUGGUGAACCUGCCUUGAUUGCUGCCUCAUCGGUUCAUUGUGCACUGAGGGAAGCUAUCAGAGCAGCGAGAAGGGAGUUUGCAAACAGCACUGGAUCCGGAAGCUCACCUCUGGAAUUCCAGAUGGAUGUCCCUGCGCCAAUGACACUGGUGAAAGAACUAUGUGGUUUCGAUAUUGUGGAUAAAUACUUGGAAAGUCUAUCUAAUUAUGAGCGUGCAGCUGGGGCAUAAUCUACACUCCUGUUAUCUCAUAGAAAGGAGUGUUAUCAUCCUUUCCUAUGUUGCUUACAAUAAAGGGGUGGUCAACUAGGCACAAGUAUUUGAAUGCUUUAAACAAUGUACAAGGUUCUGCGCCUGUGCCUUCAUGCUAUCUCCAAUUCAAACCAUCUAUAUUCAUAUAUCCUUAUUUGCUAUUAUGAUGUUCCAGGCUGAUCUUAUAAAUUAAAA